CCCAACAGCACACGGUAGUUGGUACUGGGUGUGUCAUAUUUCAAACACAACAGUUUUGCUUGGCUGAUAAUUAACUUCUUCCUGAGGCCCUUCCACAUUUUAGAGCUGAACUGACAGGCACUCCUACAACUAUCAUGAUCUUGAACGUUCAAGGAGAGAGAAACGUGAGGGAGUACAACACAUGAAUUUGCACUGUGGACUUUCUCAGCUCCUUAGGUUUCCAUCCUCUCUGAAUAAAUGUACUUGUCAUGAACACUGUACAUCUGCAGCCUGAAAUCCAAGUUCAAAAAGGCAAGACUAUUUCCAGGCUUGAGUUUUUGUCAUUGUUAAAAACAUACAAUUGCUUUCAUGAAGAUAAGAAGAAUUUUCAACUGUCAUAUUAUGAUAUCAAUGGAAGGAUUGUCUUGGAAGGAUUACUGGAUAUUUCGUGGGGUGUACACCAACCAAUAAGAUUACAGAUAAAUGAUGAGAAAUCCAAGUCACAAGCAAAAGGUGCCCAAUCCCCAGACCCUGUGAUGAACAAAAGAGGAAUGACGCGAUGGGGAGAGUUUGAUAAUUUGUGCAACAUUGCAGAACUAGAAGAGGAGUCAGGGUCGGAAACUGAUGAACAAGAGGCCGCCCGGCAGCCGGUCUUUGAAAGCAGUACAUUAAAGCCUCAACGGAACCGAGAGCCAGAAAGUGGCAUUUUAAUACGUACCCGGAGUGAUGUGUCGCUGGUGAAGAUGAGGGUAAAGAACCAGGCAGUGGCUGCAGCACAAAAAGCCAAACGCCAUCGCUCUUCCAUCAAUGGCCAUUUUUACAACUACAAGACAUCCAUUUUCACACCAACCAAAGGCUCCGUAACCAGUGUGAGAAUCAACAGCACAUUGACAACCAAGGAGGUGAUAGCACUGCUCUUACAAAAGUUCAAGAUAGAAAAUGACCCCAAUGAUUUUGCACUAUAUGUUGUUCAUGCCAGUGAAGAAAAAAAAAAGCUCAAAGAUACGUCGUUUCCAUUAUGGGAGAGACUGCUUCAUGGACCAUCACGGAAAAUAGUCAAAAUAUAUUUAAUGGACAAAGAUGCUGAGGAAAUUAGCAUUGACGUAGCUCAGUACAUCAAGUUUGAGCUUCCCGUUUUAAAUGCAAUUCUUCAGAAACUAAAUGAAGAGGAGACAAAGUACAUUGAAAAUGCUCUGCUACGGUACAGAAUGGAGAAAAAGUCUUUAGUUCAGCAACUGCGAAGACGAAUGAUGGUGAGGGCAGAAACUUCAGUUUAAGAAAUUGUCAGGUCACGAUGAAGCUGGAUGUCAGGAAAUGGCAAUGUUCCAUUCCAUUCUUUUCCAUUACACACUGAAUUGUGAAAUUAGUUACCUAAAGGUCUAUAAUGAUGCAUCAACAGGUUUUAAUUCAUGAACAGUGCAUGGAGAGCAAAUCACUGAUGACAUUAAUUGAGCUGUACCAUAUUAAUUGAGCUGUACCAUAUUAAUUGAGCUGUACCAUAGGGGUAUUUCUGCUGCGACCUCCAUACCAUCCGACUCAAUAGCAAUUACUUGGCAAUUGUGUGAAACAGAACCAGUUUACCCACUUGUCUUUAUGAAUGGCUUCCCACAACAUUUAUACAAGUCUACCACUAGAAGUGUUGCCUGAAUCUGCCUGAGCCUCAACUGCUGAAACCCUUGCCCACAUUUGUUAUAUUUAUACCUAAGUAGUCCAUAGUCCCAUUGACCUGCUUCCCUCAAUCUACCUGCUAUAUUAGAGCUCUGGGAGGCUGGUGGAAUCAAGGGAUAUGGGGAGAAGGCCGGCACGGGUUAUUGAUUGGGGAUGAUCAGCCAUGAUCACAAUGAAUGGCAGUGCUAGCUCAAAGGGCCGAAUGGCCUCCUCCUGCACCUAUUUUCUAUGUUUCUAUUUUAAAGUAAUUGAAACUACUUAGUUCCCAAUUCCUAACACACACAAAAUUCUGUUCAACCACUGUGCUUGCUUCCUUUCUCUGGAUCUUACUAAAAUGUUCACACUUGCUUUUAACUGUCUCCAUGAAUGUUGCAUCCUGUUCUGCCCUGAGAUAGCUUCCUGUUCUGAUUCUGGCAUCUUGCCCAACCUUAACUUUAAUUACCAUCAGCCACGAAUAACUUCUGGGCUGAAUUGCUGCGAGGUUUUGUCUGAUUAAGCUCCUGGAUAUUUUUCUGUGGGGUUUUUUGGUGCAAUUCCAUAAUGAUCCUCAAAGAAAUCUGAAAAGAUGUGGUUGUAGCUCUGCCUUCCAAUGUUCAUGAAGUUCAUGAAGCUAAGUCACAUUUUAUAUUGUUACUCAUAAAACUGAAAGUAAAAGAGAAACAAUAAUGAUUACUUUUUGGUUACUGGUUCAAUUUUAAAUAAAGUCAACGAUGCAUGAAACUCAAGCAACAA